AUGUUGACCUCAUCGCUUACUAGUGAAGAUGGUCUCUUCCGUCAGCGGCUUGACUCCAUUAACAAGGAGAUGCAGGCCAUUAUUGAGCGCACAGCGAUUGAGCGCGACAGGCUCUUCCGCACUGGCGCGAUGGCGUCUUUGCCGUGGAGCAUUGAUGACGCCACGAAAAUAGGGGGCGCAGAGCUCGUGCAUCCCUUACAGAGUGUUGCUGUUGCUGCUUCUGCGAAUGCCAUGCAGUUGGUCGUGGACGAGGCAACUGUUCGACGGAUUGUGACGGACGAGAUGAAGGGUUUGAAGACGAUGUUUCAACAGAUGCUAUCCGAGGCGGUGAGUGGCGUUCACUCGGCUGUGCAGAGGCGUCUCGAGGAGGUGAGUAAAUGCCAAGCCGACCUCGCCGAAUCGCUGCGGGAGGCGACGGAGGCCUCACGGCGCGGUUUAGCGGAGUUGCAGGGCGGGUUCAGUCGUCUGCAGCGCAGCACCGAGAGGCCGGUAGAGGAGCUGGCAAAGGAGCUGGAGAGUUUCGUCGCGACGAGCACAACGGAGCAAACGCGUCUGCGCGAUGCUAUUGCUGCCCUGCAGAACGAGGCAAGGAUUGAGCAGCAACGGGGAGACCGCCGCGUCGAUGAGCUCGUGCGCCGCCACCAUGACUUAGUGCGCAACUCGCUCCUUGAGUUAGACACCCAGGCCGGUGGACUGCGGGACGAAAUGCAGGGCAUGCUGCGCACACAUGCCCGGCAGGCGGCUGAAGAACGGGACGCAGUUCAGCAUCACGUGGCUCGUCUUCAGGGUGCAUUAGAGGCAACAAAUGACACUACCACAAGGUGGGUCACGGAGCUGCGUAGCUUGAUGGAAGAGAACAUUGCUCGUCGCAGCGAAAUACGCUCGUGCUUCCGCGAUUGUAAUCGGCUGGAGAUGCUUUUGGGGGGCGCCUCACCGAGUGAUGCAGCUCGGGCGGAGAGACGCGAUGUAUCACGUGGCCCUGUCGAUAGCAGGGCGGGUGGUGCGACGGUCCAUCCAGGGGAGUUAAGGGCGGUCAAGGAGAAGAUCAGCAAUCUCUUCAGCAGGACGGAGAAGGUGGAGCAGCAGGUGGCGCAGAUGGACGAAGCUUGGCGGCAUUUGUUUGCAGGUGGUAAUGGUGGUGUUGGAUUUACUGGUGCUGCUGCUGCUGCUGCUUCUAGUGGCGGCGGCGGUGGUGAGGGCCACAUGACUUUCAUAAAUCAGGACUCACGUCAGGCAAUGUCAGGCAGCAGAAUUGAGCGGCCACGACCACUACAAGCAAAGAGCAUUCUCGCUGCUUCACAUAUUCAGACAUCACAAAUUACAACGCCAAUGAACAUGCGGGGUCUGCCACAACAUCAGAUGACGCCGGCUAGUGUUUCUCAAGUCCACAGUCCGAUGGGAGUGAUGGGAGGAAUGCAUGGUGAGAGCCCAGUGCAGAGCUCUUCAGCUGCGUCACCAAUGUCUUUUCAUUCCCGCGGUGCUUAUGAUCCACGUAUGCACCAGCAACAACAACAACAACAGCAGCAGCAACAGUAUUACAUGCAUCAUCAACAGCAACACCAGCACCAUCACCACCAAAUGAGUCACCACCAGAUGCAUCAUUACCAACAGAUGCACCAACAGCAGCAACAACAAAAACCAGGUGCCACGCGGCUGGUGGGUUCGCAUUCCCGCUCUCGUCUCUUACAUGGGCCAUUGGAGCAGUCUGCGGAGCACAGUGGUGUCUCACACGUUCGGAGUGGUGACUUUACUGCAAGUGAGGUGCCACCCCAACAUCCAUCGAAUACUCAAAUGCUGGACACAACUCUGCCAGGUCGUGGCCACAAUAAGCCAUCCUCCCCACUUAAAGAAGCACCUGCCAAAUCAAGGUCACCCACUCCAUCGGAUUCGUAUGUGAGUGACGGUGGCAAAGACCUAAAGGAAGACAGCUCUAUGCAGUACAUUCCUGCACCCACUAGUGAUAUCGAGAGUGAGAUGGAAAACAAGAAAAUGGCCCGCCUGGCUUUGGAUUAA